GAAAGAUUUGUUCUCUACAAACAGUACCACAUCAACAAGCUGUCUAUCAUGUCAUCGGACAAUCACAUGAAUAACAGUGAAAAGGAUGUGGAUGAGGUAGAUGCAGCCUUGUCAGACCUGGAGAUCACACUAGAGGGGGGGAAGACCUCAAAUACACUGGGUGAUAUAACAUCCAUACCUGAACUUGCGGACUAUGUCAAAGUGUUCAAGCCAAAGAAACUAACACUUAAGGGCUAUAAGCAAUAUUGGUGCACAUUCAAGGAUAUAACAAUUUCCUGCUUCAAGAGCAGAGAAGAAGCUCAUGGCACACCAGCUCACCAAAUGAACCUAAGAGGUUGUGAAGUGACACCAGAUGUCAACAUUUCUGGUCAGAAGUUCAACAUAAAGUUACUGAUUCCUGUGGCUGAUGGCAUGAAUGAGAUUUGGCUGCGAUGUGACACUGAGAAGCAGUAUGCCCACUGGAUGGCUGCCUGUCGUUUAGCUUCAAAAGGGAAGACCAUGGCAGACAGCUCAUAUAACCUCGAGGUGCAAAACAUCUUGUCCUUCCUAAAGAUGCAGCACAUGAAUCCUGAUCCCCAGAUCAUUGCUGAGCCAAUCAAUGCUGACAUCAAUUCAGAAUGCCUGGUGUCUCCUCGGUACCUUAAGAAGUACAAAAACAAACAGAUUUCUGCACGGAUCCUGGAAGCUCACCAGAAUGUAGCCCAGAUGAGUCUCAUUGAAGCCAAGAUGCGCUUUAUCCAAGCUUGGCAGUCACUGCCAGAGUUUGGAAUUACACACUUCCUGGCCAAAUUUCAAGGAGGAAAAAGGGAAGAGCUCAUUGGAAUUACCUAUAAUAGGCUGAUCCGUAUGGAUGCAAGUACUGGUGAUGCCAUUAAAACAUGGAGGUUCAGUAACAUGAAGCAAUGGAAUGUUAACUGGGAAAUUAAAAUGGUCACAGUGGAAUUUGCUGAUGAGCCCAGCCUUGCUUUCAUCUGUGCAGAAGUGGACUGCAAAGUGGUCCAUGAGUUCAUUGGAGGCUAUAUCUUCCUUUCCACUCGUGCUAAGGACCAGAAUGAGAGUCUGGAUGAAGAGAUGUUCUACAAGCUGACUAGUGGCUGGGUUUGAAAUUCUCCAAACAGGUUGUGGUUGGUCUUAGGGUUUUGGAUGCAUUCUUUUAGUCAUGGCUAUGCUAUUUAAGCCUGAAGUUUCCUGCAUUGAUGCUAACUUAUAUUUGUAUUAAUGCUGGGAUUUUGCUCAGUAAUUUUCCCCACAUGCCUUAUGAAGUAGUAAUCACACAUGCGCCUUUGUCUGUGUCACAGAGCAGCCUACGGAACCUCCCCCCUCCCCACACACACACACACAUGCACACACACAGGUCAGUUUUCAUAUGAAAAUAAUUUCAGCAGCUUCUCUGGUGAGAAAUGCAUAAUGACUAAUAAAAAAACUAUUUAGUUUUUUACUUGAGCCUUUCUUCAUUGCCCAUCUGUGCAUCAAUUUUUUAAGUAGGUGAAAUUUUAGUAAUAGAAUUUGACACAGUUAUGUCAGUCUUCUCCUUUGCUAAACAAAUCCUUAAUAUUUGUGAAAAAUGUCGUUUGCUGUGUUGCGCUGUCACCACAUUCAAAAACAGCAGUAGGAGUUAAUAGUGGAGGAAACUAGGUGUCCAGUUUCAGGAUUUACAGGGGGUUUUUUUUCUCUUAUCCAUAUGAAGUAAUUUUGUAGCACUUCUAUAUAUUUUCUUAGGUUGUUUGAAGUCUCUUAUUGAAGAAAAACACAGUAUUGGUUUUGGACAUGCUUGGUUUUAAUUAUAAUUUUGUUUAACACUAAAAUGAUUAAUAUGCAAUUUUUAUUUGAAAGGCCUUUUGGACUUACACAGGCAAUAUAGUGGUAAGGCCAAAGAAAGUGUUUGUAGAAAACGAUCAUGUUUGUCUCAUCAGUUUUGUGGUGUAUCUAAAGUGUGCAGUGUCCUCAGUGCUAUACCAUGAAUCGUGUUGUGAAUAAGGACUGGUCCCUGAUUGUCCACUUAUUUGGCUGCCUUGCUUUUUCAUAUUCAAACACUAUAUAGUAUUAUUCAGUUCCAUGUUAUUUUUAUGCACUAGUAAUAGGUCACAAAAACUUUAAUAUGCAAAGUCCAUUACUCCUUGGUAUGAAGGAAUGCAAAUUAAGUGUUUUGUAAGUAAUGUUUAAAACACAAGUUUUAUAAAAUUGUACAGUUGUCAUUGCUGCCCUUUUUCUGUUGUGUUUUCCCCAGGAAAAAGCCAUCUGUCAUUACCAUUAUAUACUUUUUAAGAAUGUUUAACAUAUAUUAAAAAUAUUGUUUCAGACUCCAAGUAAGGGGAGAAAAUCUAAUUUUAACACUGAUUUCAAGCUCUCAGGACUGCUGAAAAGAGCUUAAUUUACUACUUUCUACUUACCAUUAUUUUCCUCAAUUUAAUUGUACUGUAUGCAUGUCUAAGCAGUCCAGUUUUGAAGUACACUUAUAUUACAAUGAAUUCUUACUCGAGUUUGUAUGUAUUCAUACUAAACCUAUAUACAAAAUGAAGGCUGUCAUCACUAAGGUCUGGAGACAAGUUGCCAAGCUUUGCUUUUGAGUCUCCUCUUUUUAUCUUUGCCUCAAAUGUCUGAAAUAGCAGUGCAUGACCUGCUGUUUUGACUAAAAAAUGCAUUUAUUUUAAAAAUAAAAGUUUUUAUUUAAGCAUU